GAAGAGACGCACACGGGGCCGCGUGUUCAUAACUGCAGGUGAGCGUACAUGAAUCCGCUACCGAUGUAUCACUGUUGUAUUUAACCAGCUAGAAGAUAAUGAUAUAUACCAAAGGCCGAGUAAAGCCUGCCUUUUGUCAUCUUGCACAUUGUGCCACCCCCUCCGCGCUGCAGUGGGAGCUCCCAGUCAGACAUGUCAGAUGUUGCUUGGAGAAGGGAAGCGAGAAGUAGGGAGAUAGCGAUCCUGCCAUUGCAUUCGGGCUGCUUUGCAGUCGGCUGGACGGCUCGAGACUAUAUAUUUGGGGCUUCGUGUCGGUCAGCUGAGGUCGAGAAAGGGAAAAAUCAAUAAAACAAUACAAAUAGAAAAAGAGAAAUCUUAUGAGAACACCGGCACUUCCAGGAAAAGUAUAAGAGCUCUCUCGGAACAAACUAGUGAACUUCGGACCGCUGCCCUGAGCGCUUUCGUCCGCCCGACACUCUCCGCGAUGGUGUCCGGUGGCGUCCUGUGAAAACUCACACCCCGGCUGCUGCGGCGGGGGCAGCAGACUUACAGAAACGUCGUUUUAACGGGAAACAAAAAGAAGGAAUUUUGCCGAUCUGCUCUGGAGUACUGUUAACAAUAAACUUCGCUGCGAUCGAAGGAAAGCGACAAAAUGUCUGCCAAGGCUGCUUCUAACAAGAGUGCAGCAAUGGAGGAAACUGUGAUCUGGGAGCAGCAUACAGUGACCUUACACAGGGCACCAGGAUUUGGAUUUGGCAUUGCUAUUUCAGGAGGAAGGGAUAAUCCACAUUUUCAGAGUGGUGAAACUUCUAUAGUUAUAUCAGAUGUAUUGAAAGGAGGCCCAGCAGAAGGAUUGUUACUAGAGAAUGACAGAGUUGUUAUGGUUAAUGCUGUUUCAAUGGAUAAUGUGGAACAUGCUUUUGCAGUUCAGCAGCUACGAAAAAGUGGCAAAAAUGCUAAAAUUACAAUCAGGAGAAAAAGGAAGGUGCAAAUUCCAGUAGCAAGACCAGAACGUGAAACAGUCUCUGAGCAAGAAGAUGACAGCUAUGAGGAAGAUGCCUAUGAUGAGACAAGUGGCAGAAGUGGUCCUAGCGCUUAUAGUGGGGGACGGAGGAGUGAGCGGAGCACUGCAAGAAGAGACCGCAGUGCCAGCCGAGAACGAAGUCUGUCACCACGAUCAGACCGGCGAUCAGUAGCAUCCAAUUUACCAACCAGACCUGCUAAAGUGACUCUGGUGAAGUCAAGAAAAAAUGAAGAGUAUGGGCUGCGGUUAGCAAGUCAUAUUUUUGUGAAGGACAUAUCUCCAGAGAGUCUUGCAGCAAGAGAUGGCAAUAUCCAGGAAGGAGAUGUGGUACUGAAAAUAAAUGGCACUGUGACUGAAAAUCUUUCCUUAACGGAUGCUAAGAAACUAAUAGAACGGUCAAAGGGUAAGCUUAAAAUGGUAGUUCAGAGAGAUGAACGUGCAACACUUCUCAAUAUACCUGAUCUUGACGACAGCAUUCCUUCUGCAAAUGCUUCAGACAGAGAUGACAUUUCAGAAAUUCAUUCACUGGCAUCAGACCAUUCCAACCGAUCUCAUGACAGACCCCGCCGAAGUCGCUCCCGAUCUCCUGACAGGAGGUCAGAGCCUUCAGAUCAUACCAGACAUUCUCCACAGCAAGUCAGCAAUGGCAGCAGCCUUACAAGUCGUGAACCAGGAGCAGUAUCAACUCCUGUUAAGGGGUCAGAAGAACCUGUAGUUUCAAAACUUGUGGAGCAACCAGUUGUUAAAAUUGUAGAAGAAAGAACAGAAAAGCAGAUCCCUCCCAUUCCUGAACCUAAGCCUGUCUAUGCACAACCUGGCCAGCCAGAUGUAGACCUGCCUGUCAGCCCUUCAUGCUCCAUUCCUGCACCCUAUCCCAAUGUUCCUCAUGAUGAGAGCAUUUUAAGGCCAAGCAUGAAAUUGGUUAAAUUUAAGAAAGGCGAAAGUGUUGGAUUGCGAUUAGCUGGUGGCAAUGAUGUUGGCAUAUUUGUAGCUGGUGUUUUGGAAGAGAGUCCUGCUGCCAAAGAAGGACUUGAAGAAGGAGAUCAAAUUCUCAGGGUUAACAAUGUUGAUUUUGCCAACAUUAUUCGUGAAGAAGCGGUUUUGUUCCUUCUAGACCUUCCUAAAGGUGAAGAGGUUACUAUCUUGGCUCAGAAGAAGAAAGAUGUUUAUCGUAGGAUAGUUGAAUCAGACGUAGGAGAUUCAUUUUAUAUCAGAACCCAUUUUGAGUACGAAAAGGAGUCUCCUUAUGGCCUAAGUUUCAACAAGGGGGAGGUGUUCCGUGUGGUAGACACCCUCUAUAACGGAAAGCUUGGCUCGUGGCUGGCAAUUAGAAUUGGUAAAAAUCACCAAGAGGUUGAAAGAGGCAUAAUUCCUAAUAAGAACAGAGCUGAACAAUUAUCCAGCGUUCAGUACACACUACCAAAGACAGCAGGUGGUGACCGAGCAGAUUUCUGGCGAUUCCGUGGUCUUCGCAGCUCAAAGAGAAAUCUGAGGAAAAGUAGAGAAGAUCUUUCAGCCCAGCCUGUCCAAACAAAGUUCCCUGCAUAUGAAAGAGUUGUGUUAAGAGAAGCUGGCUUUUUGAGACCUGUUGUUAUCUUUGGCCCAAUUGCGGAUGUGGCCCGUGAGAAGCUGGCAAGAGAAGAACCUGAUCUAUUUGAGCUGGCAAAAAGUGAACCAAGAGAUGCAGGCACUGAUCAACGUAGCUCUGGAAUUAUUCGUCUUCAUACAAUUAAGCAGAUCAUUGACAGGGACAAGCAUGCUGUCUUGGAUAUCACACCAAAUGCUGUGGACCGAUUAAACUAUGCACAGUGGUAUCCUAUAGUGGUAUUUUUGAAUCCAGAUUCAAAGCAGGGGGUUAAAAACAUGAGGACCAGACUGUGUCCUGAAUCAAGAAAAAGUGCCCGGAAGCUUUAUGAAAGAGCACUAAAAUUAAGAAAGAACAACCAUCAUCUUUUUACAACAACGAUUAAUAUGAACUCAAUGAAUGAUGGUUGGUAUGGAGCACUUAAAGAGGCGACACAGCAGCAGCAGAACCAGCUGGUCUGGGUCUCGGAAGGCAAAGCUGAUGGGGCUCCAGAGGAUGACUUAGAUUUGCACGAUGACCGUCUGUCUUACCUUUCUGCUCCUGGUAGUGAAUAUUCAAUGUAUAGCACAGAUAGUAGACACACAUCUGACUAUGAAGACACAGAUACUGAAGGAGGUGCCUACACUGAUCAGGAACUCGAUGAAACCCUCAAUGAUGAAGUAGGGCCUCCACCAGAGUCCGCUAUAACAAGGUCUUCAGAGCCUGUGCGUGAAGAUCCACCCGUUAUCCAAGAUGGACAGGUUUUCCCAACAUAUCAACCUCAAGGUCAACCAGACCAUAUUCCCAGGUCUGAUUCCACUGGAUUCAAGCAGGCACCUCAAUCUAAAGCAGAGACUGUUCCUGUUGUCCCUAACCUGCCCCAUCAGCCUGAACCAAUUCCUGUAAUGUCAGCACCCCCUGCUGUUAAUCAUCCACUUUACGUACCUGGUAUGACUGUAGAGGAGCCCCUACCAGCUCCUCAAAGCUCCUACAGUCCCCAGACUGGUUUAUUUAGGAAGCCUGUUCCUGAGCACUCUCAUCCAAUACUAAAUGAGCUGGAGCAGUCAGAACCACUUCAAUCAGAUCAACCAAAGAUGUAUAAAAAAGAUUCUUAUACUGUGGACGACACAGCAAGACCUAAUCAUGCAACUAAACAGCCUGUUGUGGGUCCUCCAGCACAGAGAUAUGAAAAAGAGCCUUCUUUGAACUAUGAACCGCAGUCUCAGUAUCAGGAUGAACAGCCAUACAGAGGAUAUGAAAAGCCUCCAUAUAGAUAUGAUUCCAAAGGAAACUAUAUGGACCCCAGAUCACGGAGCUUUGACAGUCACUUGCAUUUUGAAAACCGUGUGCCUCAUUAUGAUGACCAGUGGCCACACUUUGAACAAAAUCCCUUGCACGUAUAUAAUACAAGAGCACCGUAUGAGAACCAGCAUCCACAAGAGAGUGACCCAAGGCUACACUAUAAAGAUAGAUCUGAGAUGGAAUUCAUUCCCCCACAUCAUCAUUAUGAAGAUUCUCCUCCUCCAGAAUAUGACAGUAGAACACGUUUUGAACAGUCUGUGAAUUUUGGAAAGCCAACAUCACGAUAUGAAGAGCCAACUCCUGUUGUGUAUGAUCCAAGGCCCAGAUAUGACUCUGAGCCAAAUGCCUUCCCACAGCCUGAACCAAAACCUUAUAAUGAAGCACAAACAAGGCCUUACGCUCAAGGGCCACCAAGGUCUUAUAAACCUGGACAAUAUGAGCCAGUUAGCAGUACAGAUGUCCCCUUUCCUCCUCCUCCUCCACCACCAGCACAGCCUCAGGUUAAAACUGAUUUUUCCACCAUAAAGCCUCUUCCUCCACCUACAAUGGCUGAACAAGAUGAUGAUCCAGCCAUGAAGCCACAAUCUGUGCUCACCAGAGUAAAGAUGUUUGAAAAUAAGAGAACAAUGUCAGUGGACAGAACAAAGGAGACUGGAGACGCAUCAACGGCACGGCCAUCUGAUGUUCCUUCUAAGUCUGUGGUGGGUCCAACUACUGUUCCCAAGACAAAUUCAUUGGGUCACCUAGAUCAAGAAAGAGCCACAUUCAGGGCUCCUGAACCACAAAAACCCCAGCCAAAACCAUCAGACGACAUUGUGCGAUCCAAUCACUAUGAUCCUGAUGAAGAUGAGGAAUACUAUCGAAAACAGCUUUCAUACUUUGAUCGCCGAAGCUUUGAUAGCAAAGUAGCUCCUCAAACUACUGUUAAUCGUUUCCCUGAUGCUCCAAAGCCAUUACAAUCUCAAAUGCAAACAAACUACUCUAAUUUUUCAACAAGGGGGAAUAAACUUGUAGAGAAUGAACCAACAGACAAAAUUAUUGUUCCUGACAAAAGAUUUGACCCAGUGUCUCCAAUUAGCCCUCCUGCCUCCCAGUUUGGCCAUUCUUUUUCAAACUCCUCUGUACCUCCUGCAGUACUCCCCAAGCCACCACUAUCUGAAGCCUCAGUACCCUUAGAUCCACCAGGCUCCCCUAAGACCAAGCCAGAGCCAUCUUUACAGGCAAAACCAGUCAUAUCAAGGAUCAGCAGUCGAGAGGAAACCGUGCAAUCAAAUUAUCUUCCACAAAAAAGUUUCCCUGAAAAAACUCCAAUUAAUGGAACUGAACAGCCAGUGAAAUCAUAUAAUCGCUUCACACCAAAGCCUUAUACAAGUUCAGCAAGGCCCUUUGAGCGUAAAUUUGAGAGUCCGAAAUUCAACCACAACUUAUUACCCAAUGAUGUUCAACAAAAGCCAGACUUUAUUGCAAAGCCACAGACUGUUACACCUCAGCCAGCAACAAAACCACAGAACUCUUGUCAGUCAACGGAGUUGGAAAUUGGAAUGGAUACGUUCUCACGGACAGCAGAAGGCAGACCAAAAUUUCAGCAAAAUAACAUCAAUGCUGUGCCCAAGGCCAUUCCUGUAAGUCCAAGUGCUCUGGAGGAUGAAGAUGAUGAUGAAGGACACACAGUAGUUGCAACAGCAAGAGGCAUUUUCAAUAGCAAUGGCGGUGUCCUGAGUUCAAUUGAAACUGGAGUCAGUAUUAUAAUUCCUCAAGGAGCUAUCCCAGAUGGGAUUGAGCAAGAGAUCUACUUCAAAGUAUGCAGAGACAACAGCAUUCUACCUCCACUCGACAAAGAAAAAGGUGAAACGCUACUCAGCCCCUUGGUGAUGUGUGGACCUCAUGGACUGAAGUUCCUGAAACCUGUGGAGCUGCGCUUGCCUCACUGUGCGUCUAUGACCCCUGAUGGUUGGUCUUUUGCUCUAAAAUCCUCCGACUCCUCGUCGGGUGACCCUAAAAGCUGGCAGAACAAGUCCCUUCCUGGAGAUCCCAACUAUCUUGUGGGUGCCAACUGCGUGUCUGUUCUGAUUGACCACUUCUGAAAGGAAAGCAGCUGGCCUGCUGCUGAAUGUGAAAGCUGGGACUGUGCCCUUUCAGGGAUAGACCUCCUCCAAGUAUUAAUUGUUCAGAUGAAUAUGGAUUAUGGAAUUGAGAGGAAAAAAGAAACAAUUUUCAGGUUCUCUUUUAAGUGCUGUUGUUCUUUGGUGCUUAAAAGUUUGCAAAGAACUUAACUUUUGAACCUUUGUUCAGAUGCAUGCCCUGUGCCACAGCUUUUUUUUUUUUCUUUCCUUUUUUAAAUAUAUAAAUAUAUAUAUAAUGCAAAGUUUCCUACCCGAGCUACUUUGCCUGAACUUAAGUUAGACAGUAGAAUACUGAAAAGAAGGAAUAUUACUUUUAAACUAGAGCAUAAUUAUUUAAAACUGCGCGACAGAUGUGCCAGUGGUGUAUGGAACUGCAAAAUUUUUACAAAUUCUUCCAUUGAGGGUUAUACUAAAAUAAAACAAAAGGAAUGCAUUUGGGGGAUUGUCAGAUACAGUUGGUAGAAAUGUAACAAGGCUGUGUCUGUACUUGACACUAAUCAUUUUACAAUAUUUUACCUUAGAAAGCAUAUGAUGUUUUAUUAGCAUUGGAAUUCUCCCAGUUGAAGGGAACUAUGCAUGUGCUGUUACUUUGGUUCCGGUGCCUGCCUGCUCAGUUGUGUACAUUUAACACAGAUAAUAAUAUUAUAUUAACAAGCAGGGAUGCCUUACCCGAUUUAUUAUUUUUUAUUAGUAAGGUUUUUCGUACUGGGAAAUCUUUUCAUUUAUUUUUUAAAACGUUAUUUUCAUAAUUUAUCAAAACUGUUCUUUUUCCCUUUUCUUUCCAUUACUGUACAAAGGAAAUGUGGGUUGAGCACACACAGUAAGACGGUUGAAGGUUAGAAAAGCGAACUCGGCUCCCUACACCUUACCCCAGCCUACUAUGCAUUGGAAAUAGAUGCUAAUAGUUUGCUUGUACAUAUUGCUAGCUUAACGCCUUGGUUCUUGGUUUGUAAAUUAACUUUUUUGUACAUCUUUGUUAUUUUGUAUAAAACAAAAGUGGAAAAAAAAAAACACAAUUUCUAAAAAUGGAUAACUUUGUAUUCUGGUAUACCCUUGAGCCUUGAAACUUGUAAUCUUAGCAGUAGGCAGUCUGGCUUUUCUACAAGUAUAGACACACUGAAGUGACAUCCAGAUUUCUAACCGUCACAAAACCUUUUUAUGCUUAUUUACAAAGAAGUGCUUGGAUCAAAUGAAAACCGUUCUCUAAUAAUAAGGGUAUACUAUGAAAAGAAGUGUUCCCUUUUAAUAAUUUGUGAUACUGGAUGACGUACUUGGUGCCCUAAAAUGUAUUUUUGUACUAAUAGUUUAUUAUGGCACUACAGUACUAUUUUCUUUAGAUUAUAUAAUAACACUGCUUUAAACAAAUAUUAACUAUUCUUCACGUGUGGCUGGUUUUUUUUUUUUUUUUUUUUCUUUUUUGCAACACGUUUCUUAAGUAUACCACUGUAUUGGAUAAUAAAACAAUAAAUUUGA